CAACCCUAUAUUUUUAAAGAUGAGAACAAUAUGAGCAAAUGCAUGAAAAAUUAAGUGUUUUAUUUAUGCCUCGUUUUAAUUGUAGUAAGUUCACCAUGUUAUGUUAUGAACAAAUAAGCAACCAUGCCGACCGUAAUCAUAACUUAUUUGGAUCUGGAGGAAGUGUUUGGAAAUUUCCGCUGGAAAGAUAAAUAACAGAUCGACUGAGAUUUUAUUCCUAUGAAAGUACGAAAAAACUAAACAUGGCUUCGUCAAUAUUGCUGCGUAAUGGGUCAGGUGCUGUUCCAAUUUUAUGAUUUAAGAGAUGAAAAAGCGACACGCGAUGCUGUGAAUUACUCAAAUGUAGUUAUCAACUUAGUUGGUCGUGAAUUCGAGAAAAAUUUUAAAUUCAAUGACGUGCUCGUGGAAGGUGCACGUCGCAUUGCUAGAAUCAGCAAAGAAGCUGGUGUACAACAUUUGAUUAUUUGUCUGUCUUAAACGUUAGUCCCAAACCAAUGAGAUUUGUGCUUGAUGGUGGAAGUAACUUUUUGAAGAGCAAAUACUACGGUGAAUGUGCUGUUCGGAUGUUGAGCCAGAGAACGUGAAGUAUAGAGAAGGUGCAAAUCGAAAUCUGUAUGAUGUUCGAUUGCGCGGCUAACAGAGCUGAUAGAUUUA